UUUACAAAUUGCCCAAAAUAAAUUCCAAAGGGACCUAAUCUCCAAAGUCGAUUUUUUGGAAAACCCCACACUAGGGGAUGAACCAUGGAUACCCCAACCUUAGGGUCCUCAAACAGAUUAUCAGGAACUUUCUUUACCCCAUUGCUAAUCUCUUUGGCUGGCAUAGCUGCAUGUACUUUUGCAAUAAUAGCAUACCAUACCAUUGUACUGCGAUAUUGCCUAAGGGGGAGGCGACAACAAGAACAAGAACAAUUGACCAAUGGGCUUAGGGGCCAAUCCACCAUUGGUGUGGACCAAAAAAUCCUUGAUACAAUCCCAAUUCUCUCUUACACAACCAAAAAAUGUGAGCUAUUUCGUGUGGAUCAAACCGAAUGCGCUGUUUGCUUAGGAGAUUUGGAGGAUGAGGACAAGGUAAGGUUGUUGCCUAAUUGUAGACAUGCAUUUCAUGUUCCAUGCAUUGAUAAAUGGUUCUUGGGGCAUUCGAGUUGUCCAGUUUGCCGAUCACCCAUUGUUGCACCCGGGGCACCUUUGGACGGUGAUGUGAGUGUACAAAUGGCUCAAGGUUCACCUCAGGUUCAUGGUGAUCAAGGAGGUGAUGUUCAUGUUCAUGAUCAUGAUGCUGUUGGUGUUGAUGUUGUUGCUUACACUUUGAGGGAACAACGACAACAACAACCUGGUGUUUUAAUUUGUCAUGGGUCUCUUGUAUUUCCUACGGAAGAAAAACUACCAAGGGCGAUCAACAAGGGUUUGAAGAGAUCCAUAUCCAUGGAUCAUUCUUGUGUCAUUAUCAACAUACAAAAAGAGCAUGAAAAGGAAGUCUCAGCUUCUACUUCUUCAACAAAAGAUGUUCCAAUGCGCAGUAAAUCUGCGAGGCAGGUAGAUCUGAAGUCUUGGAAGCUAUUGAGGUCUUUCUCGCAACUAAAGUCGAGUCGGGGAAGCACCACGGGUAAUGGGAUUCUUCCAUAUUGAGAUGCCUUUGAGAGGUGAUUAAUUACUAUUGUAAAUAUGCAUAAUAAGUUGAGGUUUAUUAUGAGUUAUGAAAACCUCUUUUUGUUUUUACCCCAAAAAAAAAAAAAAAACAAAAACA